GCCCCAAGUGUGAGGAGCCUCAAACACACACUCACACUCAACUCACACACUCUCCCAGAGCGACGAGACGGAGCUGCAGACGAGCAGUGAUGGCGUCAUCUGUGGAGGAUCAGCAGCUCCAGCAGGAGGAAGCAGAGAGUGUGAAAGAUGUUCAGGCACAUUACCUGCGCUGUCCUUCACCCAGUUUCUCCAUGAUGUCAGACCGUUUCUCCACCGUGUCGGACCGGUUCUCCGUCAUCUCGGGUUCUGAAGCUGAAAGCAUCUUCAUGGAGCCCAUUCACCUGUCGUCCGCCAUCGCUGCCAAGAAGAUCAUCAGUGAAGAGUUGCCGUCCAGACCCGCUCGCCCCCCCUCGCCCCCAGACAGCGCUCUGGAGCCGGCACAGCAGCUGAUGGUGGCGGAUCUGUACUCCAGGGUGCAGGAGCUGCUGGACGAGCGCAGCCUCUAUAACACACCCUGCGUCCUGGACAUCCAGAGGGCGCUGCUGCGGGACCGGCUGGAGGCGCCGCUCAGCCCUGUGGAUGAGGUGUGGCCUAAUGUGUACAUCGCAGAGAAGUCAGUGGCUGUGAAUAAAGGCCGUCUGAAGCGUCUGGGCAUCACUCAUGUGCUGAACGCGGCUCAUGGUACGGGCGUCUACACCGGCCCGCUCUUCUACUCCGGCAUGAACAUCCACUAUAUGGGCAUCGAGGUGGACGACUUCCCGGACGCAGAUAUCUCCGCUCACUUCCGCUCCUGCGCAGAGUUCCUGGACGACGCGCUGCUCACACACAGGGGUAAGGUGCUGGUGGACUCGAUGAUGGGCGUGAGCCGGUCUGCGGUGCUCGUAGCUGCUUACCUAAUGAUCUUCCAGAACAUGAGCAUCAUGGAGGCGCUGCUGGAGAUCCGGAAGAAACGAGCCAUCAGCCCCAACGAAGGCUUCAUAAAGCAAUUGCGGCAGCUCAACGAGACGCUAAUGGAGGAACGGGACGAAGAUGAUGACGAGACACUCAGCCAGUGCUCUGUGAUCGACGCCCAUGUCCGGCUGGAUGAGCAGGAGAGUGUGUUCGGGGUGAAGGCAGACUCCAUCAUGGUAGAGGAGGAGGAGGAUGGAGGAGGCAGCGUGAUCAGCAGCGUCGCCUCUUCAGCCGCCGCUGCCGCGCUCCGAGCAGGGGUUCAAUGUGGAUCCCAGCCACCCAACACGCAGCAGCCAGCAGACCAGCUUUCGCUGCCUGGACAGACCCGCGAGGAUGAGGAUGGGGAUGUGGACCGCAUGAUUCUCGAGUGGCAGAAGCGCAACGAGAAAUACCAGAGUGAGGACUGGUGGGAGGCGCAGCUGCUGUGCGAAAAUGAAGAUGAUGGAGAGGAUAAAUCACAGCCCGCCGUCCGGCCAGACGACCUGGAGAGUGUGACUAGUGAGGAUGUGCGGAUGGUGAAGGAGCGCAUCGGGCGGCGUCCCCGCAGAGCUGCAUCACUAGCCGGAUCCACUUCCAGCUGCAGCAGCUACGUAGACCUGUGGAAGCAGCGGCUGCAGGAGCUGGAGGAGCAGGCGGCCGCACGACACCGCCUCCAUGACCAGGACACCAACAGUGAAACACAGCAAAAGAAGAUCGAAGACGAUGUGCAGAGCAUCCUCUCCGACAGCAGCUCUAUGUACAACUUCUGCAAAAAGAACAAGGAGAAUCUAACACCUCUGGAGAGAUGGAAGAUCAAGCGGAUUCAGUUCGGGUGGAAUAAGAAAGAGAACACAGAGAACGGAGAGCAGAGCGAGGCUGAACCGAUGGCGGCUCCUGAUCUGGAGGACGUCAACCUCACGGCAUAUCAGACCUGGAAGUUAAAGCAGCAGAAGAAGCACGGUGGUGAGGAGAACAAGGAGGAGAUCCUGCAGAUGAGCCGAGGGGAGGACACAGCCACUGCCAGGAGGCGGCAGCGGAGGGAGGAGGUGUUGGAGCGCAGCCGCAGAAACCUGCAGGAGAGCCAGUCGGUGUGCGGCUGGGAGACCGAGAGCGCUCUGAGCUCCAGCAUCCCGCUGUCCGCCUUCUGCGCCGGAGCAUUUCCAUCUGCCAGCGUCUGCGGAGAUGACAGCAUGUCUGUGCUGAGCGGGAGGUCCUCAGUGCUAUCAGGGCGAAGCACUCGAUCACUACCUCCUGCUGUCCCGGAGACUCCUGUACCUCCCGCUCCAGUGCUCGGGCCUAAUGGAGAGCAAAUGGUGAACAUCGCCAACAUCCAGAACUGGAUCGCUAGUGUAGUGAACGACACGCUCCAGCAGAAGCAGACGGAGAUGCUGAUGGGAGCGAGUGUCACCCCAUCCCGAGCCGGAUCUGUGUUCAGUGCUGGACGAGGAGUGGAUGAUGAUAAAUCCUCUGUUCUCAGUGGACUAUCGGCCUUGAGUGGACUGUCCCGCAGUAGAGCUGAAUCUGUGGUUUCUGUGGGAGCGAAGGCCCGGUCAGUGCUGUCGGCCGCAGGUAGAGCCGAAUCUGUGUUUUCUGCUGGAGGAGCAUCUCAGCUGUCCUGUGGCUCACGCAAAAGCAAGAUUACCACCACAAGUGUGCCGCUGUACAGCCUCUUCCAGGACCAGGUGAACCUCCACAAGCUGGACACCAUGGAGAAGGAGAUCAAAUCUGACAUGCGGGACAAGAUGGCCUCAUAUGAGAUCAAGAAGAUCACAGAAGACAACAAGCGCAGCACACUGUACAAGAAGAAAAAACCAAAGGAGGAUGAUGAGGAUGUAGAUCUUACCAAGUCCAAUGGAUUAGAGGAACUGGAAGCCCGUACUUGUGAGAAACCAAAACCCAAAAGGGAUUACGGGCGUUCAGGAAUACUGAACCUUCCGGCGUCGGCCAACAACCCAACCAGCAGCAUCGAUGAGUGGCUAGAACAUGUCAGACCUCCGUCCAGCAAACCCAGAGUUUACGAUGGCGACGGUGGUCCCAUACGCAUGUCUCGGCCAUCCUACGAGGAGCUGCAGGAACCUUCAGAGCUGGACUUCACGAGCCGCAGGAGCUCCGUUUCAGUAGAUGUGGAUGAAGAGGAAGAUUACAGCUUUAGGUUUUCCUCCAGGAAUUGUGCUGAUGAUGACUUGGAUCCAGAGUUGAGCUACUCGUCUAGCAGAUCUCCGUCCUUUAACGGUUUAAGCGAAUCUACGAGUUUCGGAAGCAGGAGGUCUUACUCUAGAUAUGAGGACGAGGAGCGGAGCAGCUUUCAAAACCACUCCAUGAAGCAGAAAUCAUCGGUGUAUGAGGACUCUGGGAGGACUGCUGGAUCCAGACGGGACGAGGAGGACGAUGAGGAAAUAUCUGCGUUUAUUGCUCAGAUUAAACAGAGGGCGAGAGCGAGGGUCGCGGAGGAGAUGGAGGACGAUGAAGUGCUGACUGCAUGGAGGAAACAGGAAGAGUCAAAGUCACAUGAUCACAAAUAAAACCAAAUGAUUUAUUAAAUCACCAUCUGUGCCAAAAAAUAAAUAAAGUGGUCAUAAUGUGUAUAGGUUAGAGCUGCAGAAUACAGAGAAUACAGAAUAUCACAACAAUAGUAGAGACGUGCAAUAAAUUAAGUUAAUUUCAUGUGUCAA